UUAUGGCUUAGAAAGAUGUAUUUUGUUCUUAAAUAUCCCAAAAAUUGCAGAAUUCAAUUAGGGAAUCAAGUAGAGGUGGAUCCUGAAGAAAUCCAUGUAACUUUUGAAGAUGUAAAAGGAGUAGAUGAGGCUAAACAAGAAUUAAAAGAUGUAGUCGAAUUUUUGAGAAGUCCAGAAAAGUUUUCAACUUUGGGAGGCAAAUUACCAAAAGGAGUUUUACUUGUUGGUCCUCCAGGUACUGGUAAAACAUUACUUGCUAGAGCCGUGGCAGGAGAAGCUGGUGUACCAUUUUUUCAUGCAGCUGGACCUGAAUUUGAUGAAGUAUUAGUUGGACAAGGUGCCAGAAGGGUUAGAGAUUUAUUUAAGGCAGCGAAAAAACGUGCCCCAUGUGUGAUAUUUAUCGAUGAAAUCGACUCAGUAGGUUCAAAACGUACUAAUAGUGUUUUACAUCCGUAUGCUAAUCAAACUAUCAAUCAAUUACUCAGUGAAAUGGAUGGUUUCCAUCAAAAUGAAGGAGUCAUUGUAUUGGGAGCCACUAAUAGAAGGGAUGAUCUGGAUCAAGCUCUCUUACGACCGGGUAGAUUCGAUGUAGAAGUUACCGUUCCUACACCUGACUAUACAGGUCGUAAAGAAAUAUUGGGCUUAUACUUAAAUAAGAUAUUAGCUAAGGAUAUAGAUCUAGAAUUAUUAGCAAGAGGUACGACAGGAUUUACAGGAGCAGAUCUAGAAAAUAUGGUCAAUCAAGCAGCUCUGAGAGCGGCGAUAGAUGGAGCAGAUUUUGUUGCCAUGAAACAUUUGGAAUCGGCCAGAGACAAAGUUUUAAUGGGACCUGAAAGAAAAUCCCGUAUACCCGACGAAGAAGCGAAUAUGAUUACAGCGUACCACGAAGGAGGACAUGCGAUUGUUGCUUAUUAUACGAGAGAUAGUCAUCCAUUACACAAAGUAACCAUUAUACCCAGAGGGCCUAGCCUUGGACAUACCGCGUACAUUCCUGAAAAGGAAAGGUAUCACAUAACAAAAUCCCAGUUGCUGGCUAUGAUGGAUACUAUGAUGGGCGGAAGGGCUGCCGAAGAACUCAUUUUUGGACCAGAAAAAAUUACUUCAGGCGCAAGUUCAGAUUUGAAACAAGCGACAUCUAUUGCUACGCAUAUGGUGAAAGACUGGGGAAUGUCAGAGAAAAUUGGUCUUCGCACUAUGGUGGAUAAUUCAAAGAGCUUCCAACCGGAAACAUUAGGUCCCACAACCAAUGAAAUGGUUGACAGUGAGAUCCGUAGGAUUUUGUCAGAAAGUUACGAAAGAGCUAAACAAAUUCUGAAGGUUCAUUCGAAAGAACAUAAAGCAUUAGCUGAAGCUUUAUUGAAGUACGAAACGUUAGACGCAGAAGAUAUAAAAGCGAUUAUGUCAGAGAAGGGAGGUGGUGGGGACAAGAAAAAAGUCUAGUUUUAAUAGGAUACUUUUGUUGUUGCAGUACCGCAUUUUAUUUUAUUUUAAAGAGACACAACAACUAAGGUAUUUUAGAAAAUUUGUAAUUUCUGUAUAUAUGUCUUCGCUAAUUUAGCAAACACGGAAUACCAAAUCCACCGGUUUGGUGUAUAACACUUAAUUUAAUUUUGUUAAACUUUAAUUUCCUUUUGAUAGGAAUAUAGAUUGCGUAAUAAAAAAAAUGUUACUGAU